GAGAGAAGCAUUUGUACGAUAUUAUUCUUUUAUUUUAGCACAAAAAUAAUUUACCUCAUGUUCCAGUGUAGUCAUUGAAGAUGAGUCGAGCGCAUAUGUUAUAUGACAACAAAGCAUUGACGACGCUACCUGUAAAAACUACCGUAUGGAAAGGAGGCUGGGAAGAAGGUGUUAUUUUUAAGAGGAAUGGUGGCGUUGGUUUGAUAAUUGAAGGAAAAAUUCGUGGAAAAUCAAGACAUAACAUAGUUGUUGGUAACUCACAUCAUAGAUACUUAACACUUCAUGUUGAAGUUGUGAAAGCAACCAAAAGAAAAUUUGAUCAGCUUGGAAAAGAAAUUGAACCUGAUUUUGGUUCACACAAAAAAGUAAACACUGGAUACCUCUCAUCUUCAUACAAAACUGUCGAAAAGGAGGGCGAGGAUAUCAUCUCAGCAGACAGAUGCGUAGAUUUAUUAAAAUUAACUGAGUUAGAUAACUUAAAUCGAGAGAAAUUAACCAAUUUAAACUUUGUGAAUUUGACCAGUAUAUGGUGUGCAGAAAAAGAAUUAGAAGGGAGAGAACUAGACAAUGGCGCAGAAGUGAGACUCCGAACAAAAGGUGAUGGACCGUAUUUAGAGUCAAUAGUUUGUCUCGAUGAAGAGAAAAUCAGUAAGACAAGUUACAGUACAGGCGAGACAGUGGGUGGAUCAUGGACAGAUAAAGUUUUAAACGUCAAAGACGAAAAAGAGAAGGGAUCACAUCUAACUGAAGAUAGUAAAGCUAUUGAUGAUGAUGAAUGGGGUGAGUAAAAGAAUGGAUCCAUAUUUUUCGCUAUCAAACGCCAUACAAUGUACAUAUAGUAUAUUUUUUAUUUGACAAAAUAUUUUUAUCUAUCCGUGGUAUAAAUUAUCAGUAAAUUUUAUACACUUAUUCAGCUAUCAGCUCCGCCAUUAUUGAAAGAAAGGCCUGGGACAAGUUUAGUGUAGUAAAAAAUCCCCGCAUUGAAAAUUUUUAGGAGAAGACAAGUAAUAGAUCGUAAUCCGUGAUAAUUACAAGUAGUUAUAGCGACCAUGAACAAAACUGAACAGUUACCAGUCUGGUGAACAGAAGCAUGCAUAUAAUGACACAUGAAAUACAAAUGGGCUUAUCCCCUCCAGGCUUAUGGGGAUAACUACGAAGCAGUAAAAUGUCCAGCAACUUUUUUUACAUCACAUAUAUAACACUAGCUGUAAAUAUAUACAUAAUACAC